UGCAACAGAACAGGAAGAGGAAGAGGAAGUGUUUUCCUCCUCUUCCUCUUUGCAUGUCCCGUGCUCGCUGUCGUUGGAUCCCGGUCCCGUCAUUCCAAUCAAGGCGGGGGUCCUGCGCUCCCGCAGCGGCUCCUGUGCGGCGGCGGUCCGCCUCGCCUCGCAGCAGCGGGCCUCGAACCCUGAUCUUCCUCGCUGCCGCCGAUGCUGCUGCUGAAGAGGAGGGGCGCCGUGUGUCUGAUCGCCUCCAGCAUGGCCUCGCUGGUCCUGCUGGCGGUGGUCCUGUACGGCUCCGUGGGCGGCCCGCCGGCCGCGGGCUCGGACCUCCGGCGGGACUACCAGCUGCUCGGCAGGCCGCUCUUCAGACUGGACGUCAGCUGGCCCAAAAAGCCGGAGCUCUUCGGCGGGCAGGUGUUCGGGGUGGCGGUCAACCAGGUUGCUGGGGUGGUUUAUGUGGCGCAGAGAGGUGACCAUGUGCCCAAAGUGCUGGUGUUCACCACAGACGGAGAGUUCCUCAUGUCCUGGAACACGUCCACCAUCGAAAUGCCUCAUGGGAUCUUCUUGGCGGACGCCGCGUCUUCAAAUCCCACCGUGUGGAUCACAGAUGUGGGGAACGGUCCCUUUGGCCACACCGUCAAGCAGUUCUCCCCGUCAGGAAAGCUCCUGCAGGUGCUUGGUACUCCAGGGAAAGCGGGUUCGGGUCUGGACCCUCUGCAGUUCGAUCAGCCCGCUGAGAUCUUCGUCCAUGAAUCUGGAGAGAUGUACAUCGUAGACGGCGAUGGCGGGACGAACAACCGCCUCCUCAAGCUGUCCAAAGAGCUGGAGGUGUUGUGGAUGCAUGCAGAGAAAGGCCAAGGCCUGGCCCAGUUCUACAUCCCACACAGUGUGACGGUGGACGGCGCUCAGAGGGUCUGGGUGGCUGACCGGGGCAACAAGCGGAUCCAGGUUUUUAACUCCAUCACCGGGGACUGGCUGGGCACCUGGGGGAGCUGCUUCUCUGAGGACGCCCCCUACUCUGUCCGCCUGACCCCAGACAAGAAGUACUUUGUGGUUGUUCAGCUGAACACCAAUCAGAUUUCCCUGCUGGACGCUCCUCCGGUGGGCCUGAUCGGCCAGUGCAGAGUGGUCAGUGUGAUCCAGCUGGCUGAAGACGUGAAGCCCCACCUGGUGGACCUGGACCUGAAGACCGGUGCUCUGUAUGUGGCUGAGAUUGGAGCACAGCAGGCUCAGAAGUUCACCCCCUUCAGCCUAGGCACGUACGUGGUCUAGAUCCACGGACAUGUCAGAACCGGCCAGAACCAACACAAGGAAACAAAAGUCUUUGGUAAAAAGGUUUCACAAUAAGAGCCCAGGAGCAGAACCCACCAGAACCACUGAUGGUCCCGGUGCAGGGGCAGCUUCAGCUUGGUGAUCUUACAAGGAAGAAUUUGGGGCUCUUCCAGUUCUAGACAUAAUUUCAACUGUGAUAAAGUUAGAAAAAGACAAAUCAGAAUCGAACAUGUGAAUAAACUCAGCUGCCCGCAUGUGUCCUCGCUGUGCUGCAAGUCCUGCAUGAAGGGACCGCCGUGCACAGCGGUCCACGAAAACACGACAUGUCCAGCCAGGAGCAGAACCUCAAGUCCAGCCCGUUCCCUUCACCCAGCCACAGAUCCAUUGGAGGUCACAGCAGAACCAGUGAAAGGACGCGGCGUCCCUGUUUGUGUCCGCUUUUGUCAUUUCCUGCAUUGUGGGACAAACGUGCACGCUCCCCGCCGGCCAACAGCAGCAGUUCUGGACUUCAGAUGGACGGUUCCUGCACGAUAAGAAUCACCUGCAAACCCAACUGCACCCAUGAUCCUUUGAUGAUGGUGCGGUUGGGUUUGGUUCUGCUGUCCGGUACUGACGGCUUUUGUUCUGGGUUUCCUGACUCGGCACAGACAUCGUGCCGCUGGCUGGUUCUGGCCUCAGCCUUGAAGGUGAAACUCUCUUCUUCUGCACAUUUGUCUCUUUCUGAGCUGCAGAGGUUCAUCUCUGCAUUUGGACUUGUUGCGUGUUUCACAGAGGAAUCACUACACUGUGGAUGUGUCACCAUGUUGGAAAGCUCAGUGGGAUUUUCUCAUCCAGACAUUUCAGGGACUGUUAGCUCCAGAACAGAAAUCCAAACAGACUUCCUCACAUAUGUGACUGUGAGGAAGUCUUCAUGAGGAAACGCUUCAGCUUUGUCACUCAUGUUGUAAUUCUUUGGACUGUAAUUGUGAAAUGAAAUGAAAGGAUGCAGAGGAAGUGAAAUAAAGUCGGUGUGAAGUCCA